AUGAGGAAGCAACGGGCCAAUGUGAUGCUGUUUGACGAAAGCCUGAACCACUAUUUACAGUCCAAACAGAUGGAUUUGCAUGUGAGGCUAUGGGAUGGCGCCAAUGUGAAGACCAAAUACAUCGGCUCUGAGUUCAUGGGCCAUUCAUCUGCGCUUGAUGUCGUUGGGAAAAUGACUAACCUGCUGUCAGAGAUUGGAGUCACCAACCUUAUCCAAAUCUCUAUGGACGGCCCGGAUGUGAACUGGAAAGUGUUCGAAAUACUCCAGACAAGUGUGCAAAAGGAUGAAAAGGUGAAGUCAUUUGAGGCUCUGAAGGACCGCUGUGCAGAUCCACUCUUCACCGUGAAAGUGCAAAUCUUCAAUAGCGUUGCACGAGAGGUCACUCCUUUCCUCACCGCCUACCAAACGGACAAACCUAUGCUUCCCUUCCUCAGUGAGGACAUGUUCAAACUGAUGAAAGAUAAACUACAGCAGUGGUCAGCAGUUGGCAUCAAAUAUUACAUCUUCAAUGCAGAUAAACCAGUUUGCAUCAGGUCUAACUAUCAUCCAGUCAAAUGGGACCAGCUCUGGCAUUCCUCAGCUCUCAAACAGAUAAUCAGGACCACUAAUUGCUCCAUGAAGAAUCGGGGGCCAUGGCACAGAUGGGGCUCCCAUCUCCUUGCGAUGGCCUUAUGGGUUGGCAUUGGAGUAAAGCUCCAAGUUGGGGGUGACCAGAUGAAGCCGGCCCGUGCACCUCUGAUCCCCCAUCGGCCUUUUGUUGUCGUGUGGAAUGCACCUACGGAGUCCUGUCGCCUACGAUUCAAAGUAGACCUGGACCUCAGUGUUUUUGAUAUCGUAGCAAACCACAACGAAACCCUCAGUGGACCAAAUGUCACCAUAUUCUAUCACAGCCACCUGGGAUACUACCCAUACUACUCCAACUCUGGGUUCCCCAUUAAUGGUGGGUUGCCACAGAACCAGAGCAUCUCCAAACACCUGAGUAAGGCCCGGACUGAUAUUGACAAGCUUAUCCCACACAAGGAUUUUCGAGGCUUGGGUGUCAUUGACUGGGAGAACUGGAGGCCACAGUGGGUCAGAAACUGGGGCUCCAAGGACAUAUACCGCAAUAAGUCCAAGGAACAAAUCCGGAAACUUCACCCAAACUGGCCAGAGAGCAAGGUAGAGAAAGAAGCAAAGGAAAGUUUCGAAAGAGCCGGGCAAGACUUUAUGAACUUGACCUUAGCUCUGGCUGAGGGUCGCAGGCCGAAUGGGCUGUGGGGGUUUUACCUGUUCCCAGACUGCUACAACUAUGGGUAUAAGGAGCAUCCACAACAGUACACUGGCGAAUGUCCAAAUGUCGAGCACGUUCGCAAUGACCACCUGAUGUGGCUGUGGAAGGAGAGCUCAGCCCUCUACCCAUCCAUCUACCUUGACUAUGAGCUCAAGUCCUCACCGAACACUGUCAAGUUUGUCCACUAUCGAGUCAAGGAAGCCAUGAGGAUUGCGUCUAUUGCCCGUACAGACUUCACAUUGCCUGUGUUUGUCUACUCCAGACCUUUCUAUGCCUACACCUUUGUGGUUCUUUCUGAGAGUGACCUGCUUCAUACCAUUGGGGAGAGUGCCGCUUUGGGAGCAUCAGGCGUCGUCCUCUGGGGAUCAUCAGAAUACUCUCGAACACAGAGGAACUGUCUGACAGUGAAGAAGUAUAUCGACGGCCCUCUGGGACAUUAUGUUAUCAAUGUCACAUCAGCUGCUAAGUUGUGCAGCAAAGCAUUGUGCAAGAAGAAUGGCAGGUGCGUCCGCAAGAGCCUCGACUCAAACGCUUACCUGCACCUGAAUCCACGCUUCUUCAACAUCCAUCGCAGGCCGACACCCAGGGGCCCCCAAUUCCACGUCAGCGGUCACCUCAACAACUAUGACAUCCUGGACAUGAAGAACAAGUUCACCUGCCAGUGCUACCAGGGCUGGACGGGGGUUCAUUGCGAGAUGCCCCAGGCCCCCCCUCCACCUCCCUCGCCUCAGCCUGCUAUCCCUCUGCCGCACCCCCACGAGAACAGCCUGCUGGGGGAUAUCUUGCUCCUCUUAUCCCUCCAUUUCUCUUGUCUCUGCCUCAUUAUCUUCCUGGGUCUUUGUCUGAUAAUUAAGUGUCUCAAUCUGUAG